AUGAAAGAAUUAGUGGCCAAUAAUCAGAGUGUGCCGGAUACACAAUCAGUGAUAAAUCAAAUGGAAGCAAUGUUCCAGAAAUUAAUGACCCAAACGGUCUCUUCCAAACCUCUAACAAUUGCGGCGGCUUCUGCCGCACCGAUGCCAUCGCAAAUCAAUAAGCGUUUUGAUGAGCUUUCUAAACAACUUAAACAACUGCAGAAGCAAACCACGCAGCGCCCAGCUUCUUAUGCCAGUGUAGCGGCUUAUGAUCAACAACAAUCUUCUCCUCCACGUUUUAAUCAAACGCGCAAUUGGCAACGACAGCCUACUCGCCAAAUUGACCAGAUGCAGAGGCAGAUAAAUUGGUUGGAAAAUGAACUUAGGCGUUACCAAAAUCCACGUCGCUCUGAUUUUCGCUCCUAUGGUCGCAAUUUUCGCACAGUAGAGGGAGAUCCUAUCUGUUCUUUUUGCCAACGUGUAGGACACACUUGGCGAACUUGCCAACAGCGUGGUAGGGAUCCCCGACUUCCGCCAAACCAGGUGCGUUUUUUUAAUAAGCCUCAAUUCUCAGAGCAGCCUAGUAGUCGUCAGCCUAAUUCGCAGUUAAACGAGUAAGGGCUCUUGCCGGUCGCUCUUUUCUUCGAGCAAGAGCCAAUUUUAGACAACCGCAAAUCGCGUCGUAUAACGCUGAUAAUGUAAGUAUUUCACGAUUUAAUUAUUCACAAGAUAGUAUUUAUUUCGAAGGCGAUGAGUCUCAACUGUCUAUUUCGGAUGAUGUAGUUAUCCUGGGAACUGCAAAUCCACAACGUACUAGUCAGCUUGACCCUCAAGUUGCUUCGUAUUCAUCUUGUACAUAUUAUUCCGCGGGUGAGACAUUGGCCAAUUCCUAUUUAUCCCAAUUUCAUGAGGUUCACUAUGAAGAUGUUUUUAUUGAAAACGGCGCAAACGAAUUAAGUGAUAAUAUUAUUGAUGAUUCCGAAGUUCACAACGGAGAUGUUAUUAUAGAAGAAAGUGCAAAUGAAUCACAUGGCAACCUUAUUGACAAUACUGGGAUUAUCCACUUCAACAGAAGUUUCAGUGAAAACAGUAGCACAAGUGAAAAUGAGAAUAUUAAACAAAUUGAUAUUACAUGCCAAGAUAAACCAGAAGAAAAUUUCCAG